UAUUCAGGACACAUGAACAGGCUGGGGCCGAUUUCUGAACCUAAAGCACGCUAGACGCGUACACACUGCAGAAAAUACAAUGGCAGGUUUACUUGGAAGUUACAGUUUACCAUUUCUUGGAGCAAGCCUCUUCAUUGGGGCUCUGACCUACAUUACCUACAAGCUGCUGAGCAGUUACCUCCAUAAAUGGUUUGGGAUGAAAUCUAUUCCCGGGACGGGUUUCACGUACCCCUUCAUUGGAGAUGCACUGUUGUUCAAACCCAACGCCGGAGAGUUCUUCAGUCAAAUUCUGGAUUUUACAUACGAGUUCAGAGAUGCACCAUUGUUUAAAAUCUGGGUUGGACCAAUUCCAUUUGUUAUCCUCUUUCACGCUGAAACUGUUGAGAGGAUUCUGAGUAACCCUGUUCACCUCGACAAGUCUUUUGCAUACAAAUUUCUCCAUCCUUGGCUUGGGACUGGCCUUUUAACCAGCACAGGGCAAAAAUGGCGUCAGAGAAGAAAGAUUCUGACACCGACCUUCCACUUUUCCAUCCUCGCUGACUUUUUGCAAGUGAUGAAUGAACAGGCAGAAAUUCUGGUGGAGAAGCUCGAGAAGAAGGCAGGAAAAGGUCCGUUCAACUGCUUCAGUGACAUCACCCUUUGUGCUCUGGACAUAAUCUGCGAGACUGCAAUGGGGAGGAAGAUUUACGCGCAGAGCGAUUCACAGUCCGAGUAUGUUAAGUGUGUAUACAGAAUGAGCGACAUUGUCAGCCACAGACAGAGGACACCCUGGUUUUGGCCGGACUUUAUUUACUACUUUUUCGGUGAGGGCAAGAAGCAUGACAAGACGCUGAAGAUCCUCCAUUCAUUUACCUACAAAGUGAUAAAGGAAAGGUCUGAAAACUUGUCCUACGUUGAAUCAGACAGCGAGUCUGACCACGGCAAGAGGAAGCGAAAGGCCUUCCUGGACAUGCUCCUGAAGACCACAGAUGAACACGGCAACAAGCUGAGCCAUCAGGACAUCCAGGAGGAAGUGGACACCUUCAUGUUUGAGGGUCAUGAUACAACGGCGGCCUCCAUGAACUGGGCUCUCCACCUGCUGGGAACCCAUCCUGAGGUGCAACGAAAAGUUCAACAAGAGCUCCAGGAAGUGUUUGGUACAUCGGGCCGACCCAUUAACACAGAAGACCUGAAGAAGCUCAAAUACCUGGAAUGUGUCAUCAAGGAGGCUCUGCGGCUGUUUCCCUCUGUGCCUUUCUUCGCUCGGAGCCUCUGUGACGACUGUGAUAUCAAUGGUUUCAAAGUCCCCAAAGGAGCAAACGCAAUCAUCAUCACCUACUCUCUUCAUCGUGAUCCGCGAUACUUCCCGGAGCCAGAAGAGUUCCGGCCGGAGCGUUUUUUUCCUGAGAAUUCGGCUGGAAGGCCUCCGUAUGCAUACGUCCCCUUUUCCGCUGGACUCCGCAACUGCAUAG